AUGUCUGGUCGUCCGGUAAUCGCAAUUGCUGGCCUCGCUUGCGAGACAUCAACGUUUACCCAGUCAAGGACGCUGGCGCCGGCAUUUCGCCCGCGACGGGACACAGAAGUCAUCGACAAAUAUGCAUUUCUGCACAAAGGAACCCCUCUCGCUGAUGCCGCAGACUGGCGAGGGGCUCUGAUCGGCCAUGCUCUGCCAGGCGGCGUCGUUACUCGAGCCUCCUUUGAGGAACUGGCAGGAGAGAUUAUCGCCAGGCUCACCGAGAUUGUCGCCUCAACCCCGCACCUCGACGGCCUCUGGUUUGAUAUCCAUGGUGCUAUGUGUGUCGAAGAGCUCGAUGACGUGGAGGCCGAGCUGCUUCGUCGUGUCCGAGCGGUUAUUGGACCUCACGUCCUCGUUUCGGCGUCGAUGGAUCUACAUGGGAACGUGUCUCGUGAACUCGCCCAUCAGACGGAUCUGAUAACCUGCUAUCGAAUGGCUCCCCACGAAGAUGCGAUGGACACCAAAGAACGUGCAUGCCGCAAUCUCGUCGAGCUUCUCGCCAAACAACAGUCUUCGAUAGACAGUCGUCUCAGGCCAUACAAGGCCUGGGUCCCUAUUCCUAUACUUCUUCCAGGUGAACAGACCUCCACUCGUGUUGAACCGGCUAAGCAUAUAUAUGCUGCGGUUCCCGGUGUUGAAGCCGUGGAAGGGGUCAUCGAUGCAGCAAUUUGGGUCGGCUAUGCCUGGGCCGACGAGCGUCGGAAUCGUGCAAUUGUGAUGGCCACAGGGUGGGACAAAGCGGCAGUUUCGACGGGUGCUGAGAAGCUAGCGAAGCUAUUUUGGGACUCGCAUGCGGACUUUGAAUUUGUUGCCCCGACUGGCACUUUCAAAGAGUGUCUUGAUACAGCUCUCGCAUCUCCCGCUCGCCCAUACUUUGUCUCCGAUAGUGGGGAUAACCCAACAGCAGGUGGCAGUGGCGAUAUGACCUGGGGUCUGACUAAACUGCUUGCUCGUCCAGAAUUCAAGGAUGCCUCUGGCCCCAAGGUCAUAUAUGCCAGUGUGCCUGGGCCAAAGGCGAUCGAAACGGCUGUAGAAGCCGGUGUUGGGGCUACUGUGACAGUUACAGCAGGCGCAGAGGUCGAUAAUAUCCAUUCUGGACCUAUAACAAUGACGGGUCGUGUGCACUCGAUCAAACACGGCGAUGAAAACGCUGGUACUGAAGUUGUGUUGCAGGUUGGUAGUGUGUUUGCGAUUUUGACCAAGCUGCGCAAGCCAUAUCACAAAGAACAUGACUUUACAGAUUUGGAUCUUAAACCGCGCUCUUCUGAUAUUGUUAUUGUGAAGAUUGGCUACCUAGAGCCCGAAUUAUAUGACAUGGCUGCGGACUGGAUGAUGGCGCUCACUCCGGGAGGCGUUGACCAGGAUUUGGUAAGACUUGGUCAUCAUCGAAUUCGGCGUCCAAUGUGGCCGUUUGAUACGAACUUUGAAAGCGUGCCUGAUCUUACUGCGCGAUUCAUUUCAUUGUCCCAUGAACCAUUAGCAGGUCCUGACGAGUGA